CUCCACAUCAGUAGGUGGCGGUAAUGCACCUUAUAUUUGUUUGCCAACCACGAAAAAAACACGAAGAAAGUGGCAAAACUUUUCCAGACGAAUGAUAAAAUGAUUCUGAGGCAUUCCCGAUGUUUGUUAGACAUCCRUGUCCGUAGGUGACAGAAAUGUACCCGCUGCAGUGAGAGGCGAGCCGUGUUGAUGGAUUCAGGCUGAGUUUGAAACCUACCAGCCUCCACUUCUCCUUUUUAAAGAUAACAAACAUUAGCUGUGCUAAUGGCGGAGUAUGGAGCUAACAUCACUGGAAAACUGCCCAUUUCUCGAGUUGCUCCUGUUCAGAGGAGAAAGAAAGGCAGACGGAAGAAGACCGAAGACGAAAAGCAAGCUCAAAAGAAGGAAAUAGACCGAGCCCGGAAUAAAACCAGGAUCAACAUCGGAGUGGCCUUCCAGAGGUGGAGGGAGCUACGAGUCCUGAAAAGAUUCAGAUCCGAUGCGCAGUUGGCCACUUUUCUGCUCGACAAGUAUCACCGUGGUUGUUUGGCUACAUCAGCACCAAACAAACGUCGGAAGACCACACAUCCAAACCCAGUCCUUUCCAGUAAUGUUAGCGACUCAUCCUCAGAUCAAGAUGAUGACUCAGAGGAAGGCAGUGAAGUUGAGGAGACUCCUGUUCAGGUUUUUGAAACAACUGUGACAGCGCUGGACAUUCCUGGUGACAUAGAUGAAAGGGACUUCAAUCACAUUCAAAACACUAAUAUUGACUGGGCUGAGGACAGGACAAAGACUCCAAAUGAGGACACAAGAGACAUCUCAACACCAGAGGAAGAGGAAACCAUAGAGGAGGGCUGUGACUGUGAUGACCUUGAUGAGGAGGAGGAUUACAUCCCCCCAUUUUGUGUUCGCCCUGCUGAUGCCAUGCAGCAGAUGUUACRUCUGGAUGCUCUUCAGGCCAUCAGCACGGAGGAGACAGUCCACGACACUCUAGACUCAAAGUCAACCGAAUUCCAAACAGUGCCAGAAACCCUUCAAGUCCAGAAGGAGUAUGACAUCAUUGUUCACCCUGCUGCCAUCACGUAUCAYGCCUGUUUGAAACAACUCGCACAGUGUCUGGUGCUGCCGAUCCCCAUGUGCACAGCGAAAGACCCGCUGACGUUUGUGGAGUGUCGGGCCCCUGGACCGUUCCAGAUCCAGACCAAGUCCAGAGGAACGGCUGUUAUCAUGCAGUGGAUCUGUCAGAACAAUCACUGUGUAUGGCAGUGGAACUCCCAGCCUACUUUCAAAGAUGGGACCCAGGCCGGGGACUUCCUUUUGGCGUCAAAUAUAAUCCUGUCUGGCAACAACUACACCAAAGUAGCGUUGCUCUUCAGGUUUAUGAAUAUGGGAAUGGUGGAGCGGUCAGCCUUCUUCAAAAUCCAGGACUCAUACUGUGUCGAUGCUAUCAAAGACUUCUGGAAUAAAAACAGAGCAGAAGUAAUUUCCAGGCUGCAAUCAAAGGACAGUGUUGUAGUGCUUGCUGAUGGGUGUAUGGACAGUCCUGGGGUUUGUGCUCAGUACUGCACCUACACUGUGAUGGAGAAUGACACCAAAGAAGUCCUGUCAAUAGUCAACGUUGACAAACGGGAGACUCAGAGGAGUCCUGUGUUUAUGGAGAAGGAAGGCUUCAUCAGGAGUUUUGACCAGCUCCACCAGGAGGUUAAACUUGCUGAAGUGUGCACUGAUGCACCUUCACCGAUAUCUGCCCUCUUCGACCCAGUGAAAGGAAAAUACAAGGACAGCCGAGUGCUGCACACUUUAGACAUGUGGCAUGGUUCCAAAGACCUGGGCAAGAAGAUACAUGCAGCAGCACAGCAAACGGGUUGUUCCGUUCUUCUGCAGUGGAUCAAGGAUAUCUGCAACCAUUUCUGGUUCUGCUGCAAGACAUCAGAAAACUAUGAUGACUUUUAUGAGAUGUGGAGURGCCUUCUUCGCCACGUCACUGGAGAGGAGGAGUGGUCUCUGGAUGGCUGUCAGGAUGGUCCCCUGGAGGAGCCCAAAGACAAGACGUGGAUAGAGAAGGGGUCUGUGGCCUAUCAGGCUUUAUCAGAAGUCAUUCUGAAUAAAAGCUGGCUUAAGGAGGUACACAAGUACCUGCACUUUAGGUCAACUGCUGAGCUGGAGUCAUUCCAUAAUCACAUUUUGAUGUAUGCCAGCAAGCGCUUCAGUUUCACUCCUCCUGUCUAUGAAGCAAGAAUCUUACUGGCUGGCCUGGAUUACAACCACCAUGUUCACAGACCACCCAAGAGGAGGCCUGAUGGCUCCAUCGAAUAUCGCAAACUGUACAAUAAAAAGUCCAGGAAAUGGAGUUUGUAUGCCAUAAAGCAGGAAAAGGACUACCGUUACAUCCCAGAAAUUCAGAGGGCAAUUUUAAAGAAUCAAGGGUCAACUGGAUUUGCACUUCCUCAACUUACUUCCAUGAGACCAAAUGGCCCACGUCAAGAUGGUGUGCCAUUUGGCGUGCCGUCUGGUGUGUCAUUCGGGUUGCCAUCCGGUGUGGCAUUUGGUGUGCUGUCCGGUGUGCAAUUUGGUGUGCCGACUGGUGUACCAUUUGGCGUACCGUCCAGUGUCCCGUCCAGUGUCCCGUUCGGUGUGCCGACCGGUGUGCCAUCCAGUGUCCCGACCGGUGUCCUGUCCGGUGUGCCGACCGGUGUGCCAGCUCCCACCACCCAGGAGCUGAUGGAGACACAAGUCAGCAGAGACCAGGAUGAGCAGCAGCUGUCGAAGGUUAACGAAGAAGAGGUUCCUCGUGUGUCCAGCUCCAAUCUGGACCAACAGAACCCAGAACUCCUCCACAUGAAAGAGGAGGAAGAGGAACUCCAGAACCCAGAACUCCUCCACAUGAAGGAAGAGGGAGAGGAACUCCAGAACCCAGAACUCGUCCACAUGAAAGAGGAGGGAGAGGAACUCCAGAAUACACAACUCCUCCACAUGAAGGAGGAGGGAGAGGAACUCCAGAACCCAGAACUCCUCCACAUGAAGGAGGAGGAAGAGAAACUCCAGAACCCAGAACUCCUCCACAUGAAGGAGGAGGAAGAGAAACUCCAGAACCCAGAACUCGUCCACAUAAAGAAGGAGGAAGAGGAACUCCAGUGCAGCGAGGWAGGAGAGCAGCUUCCUGUGAGGAGUGAAGAUGAUGAGAAACCUCAGUUAUUCCAGCUUCAUCAGAUCAAAACUAAAAACAACAGAGAGACAGAAACUCCAACCAGCAGCUCAGCUGAACUCAUGAAGACAGAAACUGAUGGAGAGGACUGUGGAGGACCAGAACCAGACAAGAACCGGAGUCCAAAUACUAACUUACAGCCAAUCACUGAUGAGAGGGCUUCAGACUCUUCAGAGACUGAAGACAGCGAUGAUUUUGAUAAGGAUGAAAACAUGUCAGGUUCUGGAUCUGACAAUGAAGACAGUGAUGAAGAUUGGAGGGAAACCAGGACACCUGGAUCAGAACCUCCAGCUAGCUGCUCAGCUGAGCAGAUGAAAACAAAAACUGAUGGCGAGGACUGUGUAGGACCGGAACCAGGUCCAGGAAGAUCCCAAGCCAACUGGCAGUCAGGU